UUGUCAUCAUUAUGUCUCAAGAUCAGUUCCAUCACUAUAUACCACGCUUCAUAUUGAAGAGCUUCUCUGAUUACCUCCAACUGAAACCUUCAAGUAUUUUCUCACCAAAUGCCUCAGGCAACUUCACAGAAGAGGCUUUUUCAAAAGGCCCAGUGGGGAGCAAGGGAAAUAGUGGGGGGGAUAGCGUGGGAAGCAACAGGAAAGGUAACAGAAGGAAAAGCAGUGGGGUCAGCAAAAGAGAUAGCAGAGAAGGCGAUAGAGAAGGCGAAAACAAUCGCCAGAGCGACACUAGCAGAGUGUAUGGUCUUCAGAACAUGUAUCAGGACAUUGCUGAAGUGGAUGAUAAUAUGAGGUUUGAGAGGGAGCUCGCCAAGUUGGAGUGCACCUCUGCGACGUUUAUUCAUAAGAUCCGAUCUGGCGAAGAACUACUGCUGAGGUGGACUCAACUAGCAGACUUCAAGAGGUUCCUAGCUAUCAUGACAUACAGGAGCGAGCGCCGGAGGGAACAAGUUCAAGACGUAUGGUUCGAGAAUCUCAAAUGGAUCAUCAAGACCCCUUACGACGAAAUCAUUAAGGAGAGCUCAGCUAUCGAUCCGAAAGGCGUCAAGACUCCCAUGGAUACUAUGUUUGCUUUGAGCAAAUAUAAAGGACCUAUUUACGUUGCAGAACUUAUGGACUAUUAUAACUUAGUGUGCAACUACGUGUGUGUCUGGCAAGCGGAAGAAGGGCCUGAAUUUAUCCUAACCGACAAGUGCUCUGUUGGGUUCGAAGGUGAGGAUGCUAUCCACUUCCACAGCUUCUAUGUUGUGUCUCCGAAAUAUAUGGUCGUUCUUGUGAACCGUCUUUACAUGUGGGACCUUAUGAAGACCACGGGUCUCCGGAAGUCGUGCCAUAUAUACGAAAAGGCUAUGGGUGAUCCGAAAGGCUUUACUCCAAUAGACAUGUUAAAAUACUCAAGCGUUGCUGUUUUAAAAGAGAAGGUGUAUCUCUGCAACAGUAUCCUCUUGGAUGCAAGCCCCAAGUGCAUAGCAUACAGACCCAAUGUACCCAAGUAUAGGUCCUUGAGUUACUAUGGCAAGACUAAAGAAGAUCUGUUUACCUGA